ACACUCACUACACAUUCAUCACCACAACCACAACUCUCUAUUUAACUCACAUAACACACACCAGAAUCUCACAACAUCACCAAGGUAGACACAGCACAGCAGAGACCACUCACCACUGCCACGCCUCCUUCCCCUUCUCUGUGUUUAUGGAGAAUAGAAGGGGUGAAUCAGGUUGAGUUCAUAUUUGAUACUUAAUACUGAUCGUAUAGUUGGUGGGUUGGAGCUGAGAGUCACAGCAGAGACAUUAAUACAUACAUAGCGUAAAGCAAAAGAACUCCAUUGCAAGUGCAAAAUGAAGGACCCAGAAGAGCACCACCAAGUGAAAUCUAGAAGGCCUCUUCAGAAAUCCACAGAACGUAGCAGAAGGAGUAGAAGAAGAUCAAGCCAGUGCAAGCCAGAGAAAUUACAAGAAACACAACUUGAUUUCUCUGCUACUUGCAAGAGUCUUGUGUUUCAUCGCAGGCCUGGCUUUGGCCAACUUGGGACUAAGUGUCUCAUCAAAGCUAACCACUUCCUUGCAGAUAUAUCUGUAUCUGACUUGAUCCAUUACAAUGUUAAAAUAACACCUGAAGUGAGUUCUCGUAAAACAAACAAGGCUAUCAUAGCAGAGUUGGUGAGGCUUCACAAGAACAAUGAAUUGGCCACGAGGCUCCCUGUGUAUGAUGGAGGAAGAAACCUUUACACUGCUGGUUUGCUUCCAUUUACAUACAAAGAGUUCAAUGUUAUGUUGAGCGAGGGUGACGAUGUUACCGGUAGUAGCAGGCAAAGAGAGUUUAGGGUGGCAAUCAAGUAUGCAACUCGUGUUAGCAUGCAUCAACUACAUGAGCUUCUUAGUGGGAAACAAGUGGACACCCCACAAGAAGCACUAAGCGUUUUUGAUAUUGUGUUAAGAGAGCUUGCGGCUCAGAGUUACGUGUCAAUUGGGAGGUUUCUCUAUUCUUCUGAUGUAAGAAAACCACAGCAGCUGGGUGGUGGUUUGGAGUCAUGGCGUGGCUUUUACCAGAGUAUAAGGCCCACUCAGAUGGGGUUGUCACUUAACAUUGAUAUGUCAUCAAUGGCAUUUAUUGAACCCCUUCCUGUAAUUGACUUUGUGGCUCAAAUUUUGGGAAAAGAUGUUCACUCAAAACCCUUGUCAGAUGCAGACCGUGUCAAGAUUAAGAAGGCCCUAAGAGGUGUAAAAGUUGAAGUUACACAUAGAGGAAAUUUUCGAAGGAAGUAUAGGAUAUCAGGACUGACUUCACAGCCUACGAGGGAGCUUAUUUUCCCUCUUGAUGAGCAAAUGAACAUGAAAUCGGUAGUUGAUUAUUUUCAAGAAAUGUAUGGAUAUACAAUAAAAUAUUCUCACCUACCUUGCCUUCAAGUAGGAAGCCAAAGGAAGGUGAACUAUUUGCCAAUGGAGGCGUGCAAGAUAGUUGGGGGCCAGAGAUAUACAAAAGGGCUAAAUGAAAAGCAGAUUACUUCUCUGCUAAAGGUCUCAUGCCAGAGACCCCGUGAACAAGAGACAGACAUUUUACAGACAAUUCAACAAAACAAUUACGAGAAUAAUCCCUAUGCAAAGGAGUUUGGCAUCAGCAUAGACAGCAAGCUUACAUCAGUUGAGGCUCGUGUUCUUCCAGCUCCAUGGUUAAAAUAUCAUGACACUGGAAGAGAGAAAGAAUACUUGCCUCAAGUUGGUCAGUGGAAUAUGAUGAAUAAGAAAGUUAUAAAUGGAAGUACUGUAAGAUAUUGGGCCUGUAUCAAUUUCUCACGAAGUGUUCAGGAAAGUACAGCCCGCGGAUUUUGCCAACAGUUAGUUCAGAUGUGCCAAAUUUCAGGCAUGGAAUUCAGUCAGGACCCAGUUAUUCCUAUAUAUUCAGCAAGACCAGAUCAGGUAAAGAAAGCUUUGAAGUAUGUACAUUCUGCUGCUAUAGACAAACUUGAUGGGAAAGAGUUGGAGUUGCUGAUUGCCAUUCUUCCAGACAAUAAUGGCUCUCUAUAUGGUGAUCUCAAAAGAAUCUGUGAAACAGAUCUGGGGUUGAUUUCUCAAUGCUGCCUUACAAAACAUGUAUUCAAGAUUAAUAGACAGUACCUGGCUAAUGUGGCACUUAAAAUCAAUGUCAAGAUGGGAGGAAGAAACACUGUACUUUUGGAUGCUUUAAGUUGGAGGAUUCCAUUGGUUAGUGAUAUUCCAACAAUAAUAUUUGGAGCUGAUGUAACCCAUCCUGAAUCUGGAGAGGAUUCUUGUCCAUCCAUUGCUGCUGUUGUAGCCUCCCAGGACUGGCCUGAAGUAACAAAGUAUGCAGGGUUGGUUUGUGCUCAGCCUCAUCGCGAAGAACUCAUUCAAGAUCUUUUCAGAUGUUGGAAAGAUCCACAGAGAGGUGUAGUUUAUGGUGGUAUGAUCAGGGAGCUUUUACUAUCAUUUAAGAAGGCAACUGGACAAAAACCAUUGAGAAUAAUCUUUUACAGAGAUGGAGUAAGUGAAGGACAGUUCUACCAGGUUUUGCUAUAUGAGCUUGAUGCCAUCCGCAAGGCUUGUGCAUCUCUGGAACCUAGUUACCAACCUCCAGUAACAUUUGUCAUUGUUCAAAAACGGCAUCACACUAGACUCUUUGCAAGCAAUCACGACGACAGAAACAGCACUGAUAAGAGUGGAAAUAUCUUACCUGGUACUGUGGUGGAUUCUAAGAUCUGUCAUCCUACAGAAUUCGACUUCUACUUAUGCAGUCACGCUGGAAUUCAGGGUACAAGUAGACCAGCACACUAUCAUGUUCUCUGGGACGAAAACAAUUUCACUGCUGAUGAGAUUCAGUCUCUAACCAACAACUUAUGCUACACUUACGCAAGAUGUACGCGGUCUGUUUCUGUAGUGCCUCCAGCAUACUAUGCUCAUCUAGCAGCAUACAGAGCUCGAUUCUACAUGGAACCUGAAGUUGCGGAGAUUGCUAAGCUGCGAGGUACGAGAUCGAAAGAAGGGUCCGUUCGGCCACUGCCUGCUCUGAAAGAGAAGGUGAAGAAUGUAAUGUUUUACUGUUGAAUGAGGGGCAAAAAGAGGCUUCCAAGCAGAAUAAGAACAGCACAUAUAGUAAACGGAAACUAAUUGAAGAUGAAAAUGUUCCCAUGUUCAUAUUAUAAGAAAAUUCUGCAAGAAAAAUUGGGUGUCUAAAAGUCUUAGUUUUCUGUGUUGUGCAGUUUUGAAGUAAGUUUAUAUUCAGAUGGGUUGGUUGCCUAGGACAAUUUCAUUCCUGUCAAUGAUCCAAGCAUGUGUAUCAUUCAAUUUCAAGUAAAGGCCCCAAGAAUGUGUAUCACAUGAGUUUCUAUCGGUCCUUGUAUGAUUAAUUUUCAAGUUUUGAAAAAGUUUAGUGGAAAAGUUAUUGUUAAUGUAAAAAGUGGUCAUGUACAGUGUUUUCCCUCACACUAAAAAACUUUGUCAAU